UCAAACCACUAUACUGUAGACUUUCAGCUCAGGUUUACAAAACAAAGUGAGACUUUUCAGACCCCUGAACUGUUAAAGACGAUGUUUCUCAUAUUUGUUUUUCUGUCUUUGUUCUCCUACUGUAUGGGAGGUGUCGAUGCACAUGAAGUGAAGUCAGUGUCAGUGGUGGAGGGACAUUCUGUUAUUCUAAACACUGAUUUUAUUAAUAUGCAGACAGAAGAUGUGAUAGUGUGGAGAUUUGGACCUGAAAAGACUCGUAUAGUUACAAUCAACUUAGAAGCUAAUAGUUUUUUAGAAUUUGCUGAUGUUCUUGAUGGGAUGUUCAGAGACAGACUGCAGGUGGACAGUCAGACUGGAUCUCUCAACAUCACGGACAUCACAACUCAACACUCUGGACUUUAUCAAAUGAUCAUCAGCGGCAAACAGAAGACCUCAUACACAUUCAGUGUUACUGUCUAUGCUCAUCUGCCUGUUCCUGUCAUCUCUCAAAACUCUUCACAAUGUUCUUCAUCAUCAGAAAGAUCUUCUGUGUCAAAUUGUUCUGUGUUGUGUUCAGUGAUGAAUGUGACACAUGUGAGUCUCUCCUGGUAUAAUGAAAGUCAUGUACACUCCAGCAUCAGUGUGUCUGAUCUCAACAUCAGACUCUCUCUACCUCUGGAGGUGGAAUAUCAGGAUACAAACACAUACAGAUGUGUCAUCAACAACACCUUCACAAACCACACACAACAUCUCAACAUCACUCAACUCUGUCAGCCCAGUCAGUGUUCAGACUGUGGAAGCUGUUGUCACGGUCCUGAAUCUAUGAUCCGAUUGGUCAUCGCUGCUGUGGUGGGAGUGGCUACGGUUGCUGUUCUGGUUUAUGAUUUACAGAUCUAGGAAAGUUAAGACUUCGCUGCGCAGAUCAUCCCUGAUGAUAUCUAUAUGACACGUGUAUCUUUGAGUGUACGUAUGGAACAUUUAUCACUUUUUAAUGCCAAAGAUCAAAUUAGGUUUUGAUACAACGUUUAUUUUUAUUAUUCUACAUUUUUGAGCUCAUAACCUUAAUUGCAUAUUGAGAAUGUUAUGGAUUACUGUUGCAAUGUUCGUCUUCUCUUUGCUUUUAGGAGAAAAUGUAAGAGAAUUUAAUAUUCAGCAAUCAUACUAUGUUUGUAACAAUUAAUAGAACAUGUAGACGGGUGGGUUUUAUAAAGGCAGCCAUGAAAAAUCUGAUGGAAAAGUGGAUGGAAAAAUUCCAUCUGGGCUCUUUUUCACAAACAUUUGUACUUCUCACUACAAGUUCUCCUCCAGUUUAUUGUCCAGAGUUUUUUUAUGGCUGUGCUACAUCUGUAGUAAAAGUGUGGUUAUGUAAAUGGUAAUAGAUACGCAAAAAAAAACAUUGUUAGUUAGGCCGGUGUUGUGCCGAAUUUGGACACCCCGCCAGAUUUCGACUCCCCUCGUUGAUUUUGAUGGGGUACACCGUCUGCCUGCAAUGGGAUCUUUCCUGAAAACCGUGACAAUCAUAUGCAUGACAUACCAACAAAACAUGUUCUAUACCGUAUAAUAAUAAGCAUAUGUCAAACAAACUUGUUUUAUUUUUUCCCUGCGAUAUGCAGCGUAUGAGUAAGAUGUGAAUGUCCUGUACUUCAAUGUUUGUAACGACUCCAUUCUACUUAUGUUAUGAAUGUCUUUACUUUUCUCUAGGCUCCAGUGUCCCAAUCUAAUUGCCAUUUUCUGUUGCACUCUUUUAAUAUGGGGUGUUAUAUUUCUACUUGCUUCAUCCAUCUUGUAUGAUUCCUUAACCAUUUUGUCGACUCCCUCAUUGUUGUAUUCCCAGAUGGGCAGAAAACCCUUUCUUCCUAGAUGCCCAACGUCAAAAUCUGUAACAUAAAAAGCAACAGCGACACCUGCUAAUGCCAAUCUCAAAAUAAAGUGCCUGUGUUACUAUUUUAUGUGCCUGUGUUGUGCCGAAAAACGGGUCGGGGCUGACGCACAUUAAUAAUCCAACAGUCACCAUUACUCAGAGGCGUAUUAAGACCUCAUGGUGCCCCCCAGUCAACCCAUCUUCCCACACUCAAGGAUCCACUAAUUUUAAAAGAUUUUAUGCAGAAUAGAACACGAAAAACAACU